GAAAGAGAGAGACUGUAGAUACAGAUAAGCAUAACGUAUAAGGCGAAUGGUGAGAGGGACUUGUGAAACAGAGGAGAAAGAGGUGUGAGGGGUCCAGAGGUCAAACAAAAACAUUACCGGUGGCGCCGGUCGAUGGGGUAUCUUUCUUUUGUUGGGUCUUCCAAUUCCAAACUGGUGCAGAAGGAAAGAUCUUAGAUUUUCUGAAUCUUUUGCUGGAUUUUUGAAGUUAUCCAGAAGAGAAGUGUAAUCUUUUGAAGGAUUUGUUUGCUGCCAUUUCUAGCUUUUGUCCUGAUUUUGGUUCAAGAAAAAUGGCGCAACGUUCGCAUGUACCUAAGUUUGGAAAUUGGGAGAGUGAAGAAAAUGUCCCUUAUACAGCCUAUUUUGACAAGGCAAGGAAGGGCAAGAGCGGCACACAGAUGAUAAAUCCAAAUGACCCUCAAGAAUAUGCAAAUGUAGUUUCUGAUGAUAAGUCUCCAGUUCGAGCUCCUGUAUUAAAGACUGGAGCUGAACCUGAGGCAGCAGUGAUACCAGGAGCAGUAAAGCCAAAGCAUGAGCGCCGGUCAAGCAGGGAAGAUGGUGACCUUAGACGAUCAAGUGAUUCUCCAGCCCGCUAUGAUAAUGUAGUACGAAGAACUAGCGACUCCAGGACUGGCAGGCAAAGUGGUGGCUCAAGCAUUGAACAGUCACCCAUCCAUCCACAGCAGGCGAGAGUUGCAGGCAAAGGCAGUGGGGUUUCUUCACCAUCCUGGGAAAGAAAGGGUUCAUCUGAACAUAACCAUGGCUUAGCUCCCGCCACCCCUGGAAGAUCACGACUGAGAUCGACUACUCGAGCAGAUGAAACUCUUGAUAAAGGAGCUGCCGUACCAAAAUUUGGUGAAUGGGAUGAGAACAACCCAGCAUCGGCUGAUGGGUAUACUCACAUCUUCAAUAUAGUGAGGGAGGAGAGGCAGGGUGGGUCAGGAAAGGUACCAGUCAUGCCAACAGAGUCAUCUACUUACAAUGGUCAUCGGGGGAACAAAAAUGAUGAUUCUACUGCUACUUGCUGCUUUGGGUGGUGCAGAAAAUGAUAUUUUGUUUGUCAAUGGUUGAAUAUAGCAUGUUUGGACCUGUGAAUAUCUGAAGGCCAUCUAUAGAGUUUAGAGGGUGCAUUCUUUCACCAUACUUGUGAGCUUACUGUGAUGAUGAUGAACUUGAGAUUUUUUCUGGGGAAAGCAUUUCCAUAUCUGUACUUUUUUUUUUUUUGUUCCCUUCCUGUUUUUCCAACUCUUAUUUUUCUUUCACUUCUUCCUGUGUACCUCAUCAAUGCCUUCAUCACGUUCUAAUUUGCCAAUUAAAUUUGGUAAGAGACCACAGCCACAAAUUCGUUUAUUCUCUUCCAA